ACCACCACGCUGGCCGCGUCACUCUCCUCCCCCUCGUAUCGCUCGGGAGCGGAGGUCUCCUCGCCCCUAGAGCGCCGCCGCCACCGCCACCGCCGCGGCCGCCGCGGCGGGGACUUGCCGGUGCCAAGUCCACACGCCAUCGUCGCUCGCACCCUUCCCGCGCAGGGAUUUGUUCACGAUGGCCCGCUUGUAUGUUGGCAACUUGGAUCCCCGAGUGACUUCCGGGGAACUUGAAGAUGAGUUUCGUGUGUUUGGAGUUCUGCGAAGUGUCUGGGUUGCCCGUAAACCACCUGGUUUUGCAUUUAUCGAUUUUGAUGACAAGAGGGAUGCUGAGGAUGCACUCCGUGAUUUAGAUGGCAAGAAUGGAUGGAGAGUUGAGCUCUCACGGAACUCAAGUAGCCGCGGAGGUCGUGAUCGACAUGGUGGGUCUGAGAUGAAGUGCUAUGAGUGUGGUGAAACUGGGCACUUUGCUCGUGAAUGUCGUUUGCGUAUUGGUCCUGGAGGUCUGGGUAGUGGAAAGCGUCGUAGCAGGAGUCGCAGCCGCAGUCGCAGCCCUCAAUACCGCAAGAGCCCGACCUAUGGUAGAAGAAGCUACAGUCCUCGUGAUCGCUCUCCAAGGCGCCGCAGUGUUUCACCAGUUCGUGGGCGCAGCUACAGCAGGUCACCACGUGGCCGAGGUGGUUCUCCUUAUGCUGAUGGAAGAGAUGGUGGCAGGUACCGCCGUAGCAGGAGCUAGACCCUGAUGCCUGUGCUUGACCGUCUGCUCUUUGGCUUGCAUGCCAUGAAUGCUUUAAGACUGGCAUCAACUGAUUGACUUCAAUUAAGGUUUACUACUUUAUCUGCCUUGAUAUUUCAGCCUCUUAUUUCUGACGUUAAAAAACUUAUGGGAUGGAUGUAAUAUGCAACUAAGACAUAUUACCUUUCUACUAUGUGCUAAAGAGGGAUCAUUCUGCUUAAGCGACUCAGCCAACUACCGGCUCUGUCUGCAUGGUUUUGUUCUGCACUCUUCAUUCCUCGAGCGUGUUGCCUGCUUCAUGUGAAGUUGCAAGCAAAAGAGAAUCUUCCAUUGUUUCCUGCCUAUGAUGCCUCGUUGUGGUUGGCACUCUUCGUUGAAGAUGCUGCAUCGUCACAAAUUACCUGUAAUUCAGCGACAAAAGGAAUUUGCUGGGUUGGCUUCCGCAAGAGGCAGAGACUACCUUUUAAGCGGUUCCACCGACUCCACCCCUUGGCUUUAUUCUUUCUGGUUUUUCCUUCACUCUGCGCAUCUGUCGGCCUUCUUCCUGCACUGCAUCGCCAUAAUAGUAGCCUCUAUAUAUGGGACCUUCAGAUGAAAUAUUCUCGUUCUGCAUUCUUCCUACCGGCGGCCAUUAGACAAAAUAUGUUUUUUUUUUCUUUCUGUUUAUGUGGUUUAUUACUUUUAUUUGUAUCUCAACCGUUCAGAACAAGUGGCCAGCACUUCAUGUCUCAAUUGUUGUGAAUUACUCUUUUGACCUAGAGCUAAUAACAGCCUCAGUUCAUAUCCA